AAACUGUGCUUCGAAAAGAUCGGUGGACUCCCAUGCUUGGAACAACCAGGGAGACGAAAACACUACAAAGAGAGGUCGGGGGUUCAUGAGGGCCUGGCUCACAGAAUUGUAAGUGUGGCAUGCUGGCAAAACUGAACAACUGAUCAUCAGAUACAGGUCAUGGUAUAAGCAUGGCUUCUCAGAACGCUCAGAGUUUCCUCCAGCCACUCUCCUCCUGGAUGUCCCGGAUGUAUGAAGCUGUCCAACAAGCAGGAGACUCCUUAUCUUCUUCGUUGGUCAACUUGAGCAGAGUGGACCACAAGUCGGAGGAAGAUGGAAACCAGGACUUAGAAGACAGUGAUGGCAGUUAUAAGGACUACUCUGAAGAUUCAGAAAAUGAAGGAAGCUUUAGCCAGAACAUGGAAGGUACUGAGCAUGUGCAUCUUGAAGACAGUCACUUUCCAUCAACAAGUCAUGAUCUUGAUUCCCAGGCACCUGCCGGUGGCUCCAACAUGAGUCUGCAAUGGCAAAAAAGAGUGAGAAGCGGCACCAGCUCCUCGGAGCAACGUCCAGACGACACCAGCUCUCUGUCAUCCCAGGGAUUUUACCAAGAAUAUGAUGACCACCAGCUGCUAAGUAUGCUUCCUGCCAUACCCGAGGAGGAAGGCUACCUCAACAGGCAGAUAAGGGAUCUUCAGCAUGACCUUGAUGUGGCUGGCUCAUUAGAAAAUAUUAAUGGAAAGGCAUGUGUGGAAGUGAACAGUUAUGGGGAGGAUGAAGAGCUAACCACAUCUUCAGAUAGCGACGACGAGGUGAUUAAACAGUUUGCGAUCUCUGUGUCGCGCUCGCAGAGUUUUCGAUCGGGGGUGUCUGAAAAGGCAACACAGGCAGGUUCAGAACGUAAACCUAAAUUCAACCACUUGCUGUCCAACCAUGAGGAGUACAGUACCGAGGCAUCUGAAUGCGAAGAACUGGAUGGGCUAAGCCAACUGAGUUUCCAAGACAACCUGUCCUAUCAUGAAGAUGACCACAUAUCUGUUGAUUCAAGAACUACCUCUGAGAGUAGGAGUACCAUGCAAGCCAAAGGCCCUGGAAUGGAGGCUAGCAGUGCCCAUAGCCUUAGCCAACAAGCCACAGAAGGGAGCUUGCAAAUGGAGACGGCAUUCAGCAACCAGGGAUUUGAAGGAAAUGACGCAACUGACAGCUCAUCCGCUUGGAGCCCUGAGGAACACGAUGGAGGGAAUAGUCUUGCAGCUCAUCACAGUGCCCAUGAACCCAUUUCUAAAUGUGGUGACCUAGACGUCCUCCUCGAUUAUAAGGCCUCGAGCCAAAAGCUGCUGGUAACUAUCCUGGAAGCUAAGGAUAUCCCAGACAAAGAUCGCAGUGGUGUGAACACCUGGCAAGUUCACACAGUCCUGAUGCCCAGCAAGAAACAGAGGGGAAAGUCGAGCAUUCAGAAAGGACCCAUCCCAGUGUUCAAAGACAAAAUGACCUUUAAUAAGCUGGAGCCAGAGAAGCUGAGUAGCUACGCACUCAGGUUCCGUCUCUAUGCAGUGCACAAAAUGAUCCGGGAACAGAUGAUGGGGGAGCAACUGUUUUAUCUGAGGAGCCUAAACCAGGAGGGGGAAGUGAAGGUGACGCUGGUUUUGGAGCCAAGGAGCGAUAUGAGUAGUGGAGACUCGCAGCUCAGUCUGUCGGCCAUCUCGCACAGCGAUAGCGCUUCUUCAACACAGUCCCUGUCGCACGGAGGUGUACCAGAGCUGCUGGUGGGACUGUCGUACAAUGCGACUACCGGACGGUUGUCAGUAGAGAUGAUCAAAGGCAGCCAUUUCCGCAACCUUGCUAUUAACAGGCCGCCCGACACCUACGGAAAACUCUGCCUCCUCAACUCCAUGGGCCAGGAGAUGUCUCGUUGCAAGACAUCCAUCCGUCGAGGCCAACCAAACCCCAUCUACAAGGAGACGUUCGUCUUCCAAGUUGCCCUGUUCCAGCUUUCUGACGUCACGCUGAUGAUCUCCAUAUACAACCGGCGCAGCAUGAAGCGCAAGGAGAUGAUUGGCUGGAUUUCUAUGGGUCAGAACAGCAGCGGAGAAGAAGAGCAAAACCACUGGCAAGAAAUGAAAGAAACAAAAGGGCAGCAGGUCUGCAGGUGGCAUAACUUACUGGAAUCCUAGUGGACUGCCCACUGGACCCUCCCAUGAUCACCCCCCUGAAAGCAGCCAUCCCAUAGCAAACAUUCUGAACCAGCCAGGUCUAUUUUAACUGAAAUUUUCAAACUCAGCGCACUCAGUGAAUGUAGGUGCUGGGGCCCGGUGAGCAAAUUUACCUGUUGCCUUUGAGGGUUUUCGUACAUUUUCUCACCCAAACGAUCACCAGAAGGGAAGUGGUUAUGAAAAACACAAAGCUACUUUUACCCUCUUGCCGUCAAUGCCUCAUUGAUCUAAAUUGCUUUUGAUGCUAUUUUCUUCUGGUGUCAUGUCUUUCUCCCACCUCCAUUCCUGUUAUUGAUGUAUGCAAAUGUUCUUGAUCCACAGAUGACGUCAUUAGUCUAGCACUGCAUGCCACUCGCUCUUCCGUUUACUACAGUGUUUCUAAAUCCUAGAGAUAAACAUUUGAUACCACUUAAGACUGAUUAAUAUAUUUUCAGGUAGCAUGGGGAAGCACUAAAGAUUUCUCUGUAAACUGUUAAGUGCCUAGAGAUUGCCAUUACUUUCUUGUAUUAGUGAUGAUCUUAUUUACUAGUAUUUGAAGUAAGCAUGUUUCCUUUCUUGUGCAACCUGUACCCCCAGAUGUUUGUAUGAGGUGAUGGGUGUCAGUUUAACAUAGUAGUUAUAUAAUGCAUGUUUAGAUGCCUCCCUGUUUUUUUUAGCUCAUGGCUUCUAUUUUUGUGAAAACAAAACAACAACAAAAGAGAGACAGACACCAAAACAAGCUGCACAUCUGCCUUUGUGCCUAAACUAUGAUUAUUCUAGAUCAUUGUUCACUCUUCUUAUUUUUUUCUUAAUGUGAGGUUCGCUUAGAAGAGCGAUUCUGUGCGUAGUGCGGUUUCGUGUUUAUUAUCUUUCAAUGACUGUGUCAAAUCGGCUCCAAGUAAAAAUGCUUUUUCAAGCAUCCUGUAAAAUAUUCUAGGGAUCUGAAAGUCAAGGUGAAUUCUUAACUUCUCUGACAUCGCGAGGACGGAUCUGCAGGCCCCAUGGUGCUAUCACUUCCCCUUGUGCGAACCCGCCUCAAGCAGUGAUGUCGAUGCACAAGAAGGAAUAGAAUCCCACUUGCUCUUUUAGAGGUGUUGGCCCUGAAGGGCUAACAGAAGUGAAAAGUAUGAGAGUUCACACCUGUAUCUGCAUACCCACAAAGGGCAGAUCUGCUGACUAAGGGGAGGUGAUUUUUCCGUAGUCGUUCUUCAGAGCCUAGCGACACUUUCAGUUUUAAUCUUUUUCCUGCCUUCAAAGUGAGUUAAAGCCAGGGCAGGCAGCAGAUAGGGGAAGAUGGUUAAUUUUGUUUCUUGAUUAUUGAUGGAUCCAGUGCUAGCUGUUGCCGAGUAAUAGGAGCCAGGAGCCUAGUGCACAGAGCCAUGCAACGAUUGUACUGGUCUUACCAGAUGAAGAUAGGUGCCAGAUCCCUAAAUAAUUUCAAGUAACACCUAUUGCACAGUCUCCAACUUAAACCCUUCAGCUGGCGUCUCUCCAUUCCUAUUGACCAUAGUGAAGCACAAAAAUACUCGGCUGCAAAAGGCUUUCAGAUUUGAUUCAUAGUUUCUCUUUUUCUUUGUUUCCCCCACUUAUAGAGAAUUAGGGCCAAAUUCUGCUCUGUGGCACCACUACGAGUUUCACUGGCUUCACUGGGGCUAUUCAGGGCCUAACAUAAGCCUCAGCUUUGGGCUGCAUCUGAGCUAUGGUCAUUGCAUCUCAGGUAAUGGUGGGAGGACAGCUGGCCGGGGUCAGCGCUGUCCCCACAAGGCCAGUCCAGCAGAUGGGAAUUGCCAGCAUGAGGGCCACACAGUCUUUCCUCUGGCUGUGCUUCUGUUCUGCUAUAUUAGCUCCUUUGCACCUGGAGAUUCUCCCUUGUGGGAGGAAUAUCCUCCGCUCCCUAGUUAAGCUGGCAUUACAGCUGCUGUGCACCACUGGAGCAGCACAAAGCAGCCAGAGCUGGAUCUGGCCCAUGUAAUCUAGCAAACAAAUUCCUUUUUGGCUGCAAUGCUAAUGCUAUUGAAUCACUGACUGAAAGGAAAAAGGAGUUCAGCUGAGCAGUUAAGUGAUAAAUCCUGCAGUCUGCGGCUUAUUACAUGUUUCUAAUGUACUUCUCUUCAGGAUAAAAGCACAGUAAAUGGCCCUGCUUAAUGGCAGUAGUCACUGUGUUUAGAUUCAUCUUCCAUCUGAUUCCAUGUAAAGCUGAAUUCCUCUGUGCAUCCCAGCUAACUCCAGUAAGAAUGAGCCUUGAACGCAAACAAAGAUACCUCUGUUGGACAAAUGUUUUUCCCCCAUCAGUUCUGAGACUUCUCGUAUUAUAAAAUUCCACCACUCAUAAUUAGUAGGGGCAAAAAAAUCUCAUGCAUACAAGUCCAACUCCAAUCUCAUGUUUCACUAGUCCUACCCAUAAGUUGGUCCAGGCCUAUCGCUAUGUCCAGACAUCUGCACCUCACCCAUCGCUAUUUGCUCAUAACUGCAGAAAUCUGCUCCAAGUCAAGAUGUUCAAUAUUUUCCUGUUCAGUGUGCAAUAUUUUAUGUGCAUGGUGCUCAGGAUAAAACCUGUUCUACAAUCUGUGCUGUCAUGUGGCCUCUCAAGCACAAGCUUUCCAAACGGACAUGCAUCACAUACUUCCCAUGACCCUGCACAGUCAGAGGGCUUUAGAUUUACUGGGCCAAAGUCUCUACUGGUGUAACUGCAUUGAUGCCAGCAGAGAAUUUAGCUUGCUCUCCGUUAUUAAAAGUAAAAGAAGUAAUUAUUUGAUUUAGCAUUUAAAAUAUUUUAUUGCAUUUAUAUCUUAUGUCAACUUUUUACAGCAGUGUGUCCAAGGGCAUUUGCAUGAAGCACACUGAAAUAUACGUCGUUGAUUUGAAUAUACUGUACAUAAGCUGUGUACUGGAGUCUUUCUAUAUUGGAUCAGUAUAAUGUUUCUGGCAAGUAAAAGUUUUAGUGUCUCACUGUGGCAUUUACAGCUGGACACUGGAGAUGCACUGGCUUUACAUAUAUUCCAAUCUUUCUCCUCUACAAUAUUUAGCUCAUUCUAUGUUCUUUAGAAACACAUACUACAAUGCUCCAUCUCCACCUGGCUUGUGGGUGGACAUGAAUAGAUAGUGCUGGGUAUUUUCAUAGAACAGCAUUUUAGGCCUAAUUGAUGGUGUUUAGCAUCACAUGGUCUCUAGAAGAGAAAUCUGGAUGGUUUUAACCCAUUUCCCCCCACCACCCCUUCAUUGCUAUUGUAUAAGUAACACACAUCACAAGCAGAUAGCAAUGUGAGCAGCAUUCUAAAUAAUUUGCAGGCCAACAUUUGGGUGAGUAUGCACUAAAAGUAACACAGAGAUUGGUACGUCUUACAGCACUUGAGAUGCAUAAGCACAUGCUCUAUCUAUGAACUGGUUACUUAAGGCAGUGGUAACGGAAACAGAUUACUAACAUGUCAGAUUUCUAACUUCUCUGUGAAUAAAGCAAGUCUUCUUGAGCAUGAAUUCUUGGGUGAUCUCCUCCACCAAAGAUGGUACAGUAACAGGAGGAGAAUCAUUAUUGUGUGUGAGAGAAGUAUCAAACUCAGACUCCUUUUUCACUUUUGUAACAUUCAGAGAUUAAACAGGAAAUUAUACCAUCUGCCUAGUUAAUAAAUAACUAGUAUUGAGUGGAAUGUCAAUUUGACCUGUUUGACGUGUGCUUUGAAAGAGAGAUCUAACGUGCAAAACUGUGGUGACAAAUGUGACUAAAGAAUGAGUGAUACGGGUUUACACUUUUCACCUAUUUGAAGAUAAAACUUUUUUUAAUCAACUUAUGUACUAGCAUGCAUGAUCAUGUAGUAUGUUGCCUCUUGCUAAUUAUAUGCUACCUUAGGAAUAUUAAUGUCUAGAUGAACUCUCACUGGGAAAAAAAUUAAGCCCAACUUCUGCAAAAUGUCUAACUGAAAUUGUAUGUGCCCGUAUGACCAUUCAAAGUUCAGAAAUAAUCUUAUUUUGUUAUGCUGAACAUGGUUGCUAUUGGAUUUUAUCAAUAAAGUCUAAGCAGAUGGC